AUGUCAUCCCUAUCGCCUGUAAAUAAAUCACUCCAGAAGGAGUUACCUUUGCCACCUCGGGUAUCUUCCAUCCACCUGGAAAAAGGCAAUAAAGAUGGAUGGGUCGCGAUUGAGCUAAACAACUACUCAUCGGACAUCACCCAAACCGACGUUGCGGAAGUCUUCACCAAUUUUCAGGUGGAAGAAUUCCGGAUUCCCGACUUCAAGAAGUUCCACAUGCCUCUGCGAAUGCGAUUGCAAGUGAAGGGCGAGAAAGAAGCAGAGCGCGCGAUCAGAGAGUUGAGUGGAAAGGUGGUCCAUGGUCGAAGUAUUGGAAUCGAUCGUCUACAGGACCCCCGUAGCGACACGAACUCAGAUGCGCGGAAUUGGGGCCACACGGAACACAGUCAUGCCAUCAGCAACAAGCAACAUGAUGCUGAAUGA